CAAAUGUCAACAGUCAGUAGCUGUCCUGCUCUUCUUCUGUGCACAUCUCAGAGCAAGAUGGAGAGUUUUGUAGAAAGUAAUGUAAGUAAACAAAGACUGUUAGAACCUCCAAGUAUAACUGAUUCUAACAGUGAGGAAGAGGAUGUAAAACCUACUAUUAAGCCUCGUUUAUCUCCACUUCCCAGAAGACGUAGCUCUGUGUCUUCAGAUGAAGGAGACCUGGAACCACCAACUUCAGGUGCAAGAAAGGUGUCCUUUGCAGAUGCAUUUGGUUUUGACCUGGUAUCUGUUAAAGAGUUUGAUACAUGGGAAAUACCAACUGUUUCACAAGACUUUGUAAAGGACAGCAUUAAAAUUGAGGAAUUUUAUUUAACACAAAGCUUUAUAUUACCUUCAGUUGGUGGCAUCAUGGAAAGACUGUAUGCAAGAAAAGUUACACUGGAAUCAGUGGAUUUCAUACCAGGAACAACAUCUAUGAAGGGAAUUAUUCGAGUUCUUAAUUUGUCUUAUGAUAAACACGUCUAUGUGCGGAUGACACUUGAUGACUGGCAAAGCUAUCAUGAUCUUUUAGCAGAAUAUGUUCCUGAUUCUUGCAAUGGGGAAACAGAUCAGUUUUUCUUCACAAUUUCACUAGUGAGUCCUUAUCAAAAAGAAGGAGCAAGCGUGGAAUUCUGUAUAUGCUAUGAAACAGCAGAUGGCACAUUCUGGGAUAACAAUGAAGGACAUAAUUAUGUACUAACAUGUCAUAAGAAGGAAUGUCUUGUGGAAGUCGAAAGUCACUUGGAGGAUGUAACAGAAAAAAAUAAGAAAAGCUGUUUAAAGCCAGUGCCAAGUAAAGAAGAGGAAGAUUUGGAUGUAUAUGAAGCAGAAAGCUCUACAGCAACAGAAAGAUAUAUUCCUACAAUAAUUUGUUCAUAUGAUGCAUUUGCUGAAGACAACAAUGAAAAAGAGAAAGCACAUAAAAGUGAAAAAAAGAACAAUGAGGAGGAAAAUGAUCUGGAAUUGUUUCUAAGUCAAAGACUCAUGAAAGCCAGAAUCACUUCUUCUGAAGAAAAGAACAACACAGGGUAUUCUGAAGAAUCAACUUUACCAAAAGAAGGGCAACUAGAUGAUGAAAUUAAAUUUUAUAGUGAUAGAUAUAGUAGCACAGUAGGAUAUCAUAUACAGGAGCCAGAAGAAUGUGAUAAUACUGGGGUGUGUCUUCCACUGGCUGAGGCCACCCCAUCACUGACAGAUGAGGACUUAAUCUCUGUGAAAGUGGCUGAUUAUCACUGUGGAGAUCACGAUGAAUGUCUAUAUGAAAUAGAAGAGAAAGCUUUAAGUUUGGAUCAUCCAGUCUCAACUAAACAAAGAACUAAUCUAGUACAAAUCUCACCAGAUGUGAAGGAUUACAUACCACAAAGGGAAUCUGAGAAAUGGUCAAUGGUUGAAUGGCAGAAUGAGGACAUUACAAAUAAACAUUUUCAGGAAACAUCAGAAACAACAUCUUUUCCACAAGCUGAGGCUAUGCAGUUAACAGAAAUGUUGGAUGAUAAUGCUAACCUAAGUUACAGUCAAAAUAUAGCUAAUGUACCAUAUUUUUCAACAGAUGACACAGAGAGAAUAAAAUAUGAGCAAAGAGAUAUAACUAAAACUGAGACAAUAGAACAUAGGAUGUCAGAUAACAAUUCUAUUUACAAUCCAAAAGAGAAUGAUGAACUCCUAAUGAUAAGUACAGAUAAUAUGAAGCAGGAAUGUCACAUAUCAUUUUCACAAUCAGAUGUCUCUCGUGAUCUUUCUAACAACACUGUCUUUCAUAAUGAACACACAGUAUCAAAAGAAGCAAGUUUGAGUAUUGCUUCUCCAGAUGAUCUGUACCUCUUUACAGAAAGCCAAGUUAUGGACACAGGUGAAGAAUUAAGUCAAAACACACAUCUCAUGACUUCCUUUUGCAAAGAUGCUAAAACUGUAGUAGAAAUCCCUGAGAUUUCAGAUGAAAAAGAACAUAUUAUUACUGAAACAGACACAGACCUUUCUGAUUCUCAAGCUAUCCCUACACUACUGUCCAAACAAUAUUACGUUACAACACAAGACAGCACUACUAGUUGCUGUGAUGAUAAAAAUGGUGAAAUAUAUAAUAAAGAUGUGGUUUUAUCAGAAAAUGGGGAACAGUAUGAUUUUAAGUAUCCCCUCUAUAAAGAGGAAGAAAUUUAUACAUGUGAAACAGAAAGAACAUCACUUGGAUCCUGUGACAAUGAUAACACAGAAAAGGAAUUAUCUCACCAACCAGUAUCAUUGCUUGAGUGUCCCUCUUCUGUAACAAGCAGUGCAGCUGAAAAUGUGACCCACAGCACAUUGCAUACAUGGAACAAAAUACUUGGAUGUAUUCCAAGUGACAUGACACAGGGAAACAAGGUCAUCAUUGCUAAGAUAACGGAAGAAAAAGGUCAAAGUCAAACACAUUCUCAAGGUAGAGAAGACAGCAAACCUUCAUAUAUGGAUAUUUGUGAUCGUGGAAACCUAUAUCCUCAAGAAGAAAUUGCAGAAGAGUCAGAGCAAAAAUAUAUACCUGCUUCAGAGACCAGCAUAGAACUUUCUAAUGAAAAAAAUGUGGAUAUUCAUAUGUCUAUUGGCAGCAUGAGCGUUGAUAAAAAUCAAGAGGGUGAACAGAUAAAUACCAGUAAAUUUAAAUAUUUCUCUGAAGAUAUAAUUCAUACACUUCAUGAGGGUGAUAAAUAUGUUUCCAAAGAACAAUAUGAGCUUCAAUUUGAGCCCAGGUCAAAUAGUUCAGAUGAAGAAAGUAAUGUACACCAGUCAGACGCUGAACCUAUAACUCAGUCCAAUAAUAGCUUUGCUGCGUUGAGUGAUGAUAUAGAUAUGAGUUUGCGGGAUGACUGCAAUGUCAUUUCCACAGAUAAAAAUGAAGCUGUAGAACUCAAAGACCUUCCAGAGCUAACUAUAACAGAGCGUAGCAUAAACAUAGACACUGUACAGGCUAGUGUGGGGGAUGUUAUUGUAGGACCAUCUAUCCUUAUCAGUGAGCCUGAUGAUGAAGGUGUAGAUCAGUGCAGUGAAACAGAAGAGCAAAAUAAACUAGAGUAUACACAAUAUUAUUAUCACUCUGAUGAUUAUGAAACUGAACCACAUCAGCAAACUCAGUCAGAUACAGAGGCCGCAGAGCCCUUGAAUAUCAAUCAUGUAAGCUCCAAGGUUUUGUGUUUUAUAAUGUUUGUGGUGUUUUCCGGCCUUAUGUAUCAUUAUGACUUCCUGGUAUGUUUUGCCCUCUAUCUUUUCUCAUUAUACUGGCUGUACUGGGAAGGAGACAGAGGUGAAAAACCUGUUAGGAAGGAGUAACAACAAUUGUGGAUAAGAAUUUAAUCAGCACACAUACAUUAUGCCAAGGGAUUAGUGGACUUUGGGCCUGAUUCAGAGGAGGACAUGACUGUGUCUGCUCUAAUGUCUGUUGUUGGAGUCGCUGGUGUGAUAAUAUGAAAAUGCUAGUUUCAGCCUUGUCCUUGUAUACUACCAUGCGACUCACUGCACAAGCCCUGACCACUUUUAGCACCUGUGCAUGCUGUAAUACUGCUGGUGGUUCUAAGCAGUAAACCAUUGGUGCACCAUUGUAUAGCGCACACAUAUUCCGCAGCGCUGUACAGAUAAUAUUUUGCCCAUUCACAUCUUUCCCUGCCCCAGUGGAGCUUACAGUUUAUAUUCCCUAUCACAUGUACACACAGACACAAUCCCACUAGGGUUAAUUUUUGUUGGGAGCCAAUUAACCUACCGGUAUAUUUUUGGAUUGUGGGAGGAAACCGGAGUACCCAGCGGAAACCCACACAAGUACGGGGAGAAUAUACAAACUCCGCACAGUUAGGGCCAUGGUGAGAAUGGAACCCAUGACCUCAGUGCUGUGAGGCAGUAAUGCUAACCAUUACACCAUCCGUACUGCCCUGCACCUUUGUGCGUACACUCAGGGUAGCGCAUGUACAUUGUCACAUAAUCUCUCAACUACGCGAACAUCAAAAUAGGGCACAGUUUGUGUGCACCGCUGAAUCAGGCCCUUGGUGGCAGUACUUAUUCAUUUUAAGAGACUAUCAGAAUUCACUACUUAUCACUGUUUGAGAAAGGACCAUAUUAUAAAAAUAUUUGAAAUUGUAAAAUGCUCGAACAUGUUAGUUAAUAUCUAGAACAGCUGUAGAUGAAUAUUUUAUGUUAUUUGUGUAGUGAACAUGUGCAUUGGACCUCAACCUUCUCCUCAAGGCUUGCCAGUAUCAUUUAGCGGUGUCGUAGCAGCAAAGGCAGAUUACACCAAUAGUAUAUAGUGGUAUAGGUGUGCUAAUCCAAAAUUACAUUCUUUCAACCAAUGUAUUCACCUGUGCACCUGCUUGGAGAUUUACAAAACAUUCAGGUUUUUUUGUGUUUUGUUUUUUUUAAAAUAAGGUUGAGAACCACAAGCAUAAUAGAUCAUGUACUUCAUCAUUUUUGUAAUGUGUGUUUUGUUACAAGAUUGGCAUUACUUGUACCUUAUGUAUUUUCCUUUAAUAGAGUGAUCUAUGUGAAACGUACAGUUCCUGCAAUUGAAUGGAGUUUGUGUGAUACUAAGCUAAUGUGUUGUCAUUUAGGUUAAAGUACAAUAUUAUGUACAGUACAUGUGUUGUAAUGUUUCUUAUGUAACAAUCCACAAUAUGCUUAUUGUCUUCUCGAAGAAAUGAAAGGCUAAAGAAUGGUACCAUACAAAGAACGUAGUAAAGGCUACACAGUAGUUUAAUAAUAGUAAUAUUGGCCACUGCACUACAAUAGCAGUUUUUGUUCUAGGAUUUAAUAUUAAAGCAUCUGUAACUGGGUUAUGGAAGUGAAAAUAUGCAGCAAAAAAUUGAAUGAUUACUGAUUUUUUAGAGGACACAAUAGUAAGUGCCAAUACUGUACCUUAGUGUUAAGGUGCCUGAGUUGAAGGCAAGCCUGUUUGCGGAUCGUAUCUUGUGUAUUAUCAUACUGCAGAACUGAGCACAUGCAAGUUUGGACGAUUCAGAAUUGUAUGCAUUUCAAUUGAAUCUAGACUUAUGUCAGGGUUGUGAUUGUGACAAGGUGUUCUCAUGUAAGCAAAGUUAAGUAAGGGUGUGCUGACACAACUGUGGGGCUACGCAGAGUUGGACUUAAAUGUUAAUAUGACUGUUUUGGGGGGUAUAUUUUGCAUCUAGUCAGUGGCAUAAUAGGGCAGUACUUCAUCAGGGAUACUGGCUGCAGGGUGCCAUUCCAGGCACCAUAUUAGCCGAAAAGUAAGGGCUGUGGGACAGCAAUGGUGCCACUCAUUGCCCUGUAUCCGUGCAAACACACCAAUCGCAGACCCCUAGUUGUGGCUCUGCAUCUAGUAUAGGAUGAUGAUGAUCACUAGUAAGAAGAUAAUGAUACACAGAGAGCGAUGGCAUCGCAAGAUGUGCACAACUCUGCAUAAAGGCAAAUAUAUAUACAUUUUUUUUCUGUGAAGUUUCCUGUGGAGGGGCAUACUGUAUUCUUGAUAUACUUCUACAUCAAGGUGUACUGUGUCCUUAUGACAUAGAAUAGAAAUGUAUUAUGUAUCUGUUUCACACCAUUUAAUUGUUAUGUUAUCACAAAGGUUGUUUGGAGAGAAAUUGUUCUCUACACUAUAUUUCAAUAAAAAUUCAGGUACCAACUAAA